GAGCCCCGGCAUCUGCCAUCUUCUCCCCUCUGGUGCUCUUGCUACGACCCAGUUUGGCCAUGGCAUCAUCAACACCAGCAGUUCUUGCUACGCCUGGACAUGGAGUACCAUGCAGACCAAAUAAUGCUAACAAGAACUGCUCCUCCUCCUCCAAACUCCCAUCACCGGCAACACGAAUCGACUCUGCCGCCUUCUUCCGACGACGGAUCAUCAUCAACUGGAGGUGCAGGAGCAGUAGUACUGCGAGCAUGGGGGCCAUGGCGGGCGUCGUCGUCAGGCGGGACGACAAGGACGAGCUGGAGGAGGAAUGGGUGGGGCACCUGGCUCCGGAGAAGCUGGAGGUGCUGGAUCACCUGGAGCCGUGGGCGGAGGCGCACGUGCUGCCGCUGCUGAGGCCGGCGGAGGUGGCGUGGCAGCCGUCGGACCUGCUCCCGGACCCGGCGGCGCUGGGCGACGACGGCUUCCACGCGGCGUGCCGCGAGCUCCGCGCGCGGGCGGCCGGCGUGCCCGACGACCACCUGGUGUGCCUCGUCGGCAACAUGAUCACGGAGGAGGCGCUGCCCACGUACCAGAGCGUGCCCAACCGCUUCGAGGGCGUGCGCGACCUCACCGGCGCCGACGGCACCGCCUGGGCGCGCUGGAUCCGCGGCUGGUCCGCCGAGGAGAACCGCCACGGCGACGUGCUCAGCCGCUACAUGUACCUCUCCGGCCGCGUCGACAUGCGGCAGGUGGACCGCACCGUGCACCGCCUCAUCGCCUCCGGGAUGGCCAUGAACGCCGCCCGGAGCCCCUACCACGGCUUCAUCUACGUCGCCUUCCAGGAGCGCGCCACCGCCGUCUCGCACGGCAACACGGCGCGCCACGUCGGCGCGCACGGCGACGACGUGCUCGCCCGCGUCUGCGGCGCCAUCAUGGCCGACGAGAAGCGCCACGAGGCCGCCUACACCCGCAUCGUCGGAAAGCUCUUCGAGGCCGACCCCGACGCCGCCGUGCGCGCGCUGGGGUACAUGAUGCGCCGCCGGAUCACCAUGCCCGCCGCGCUCAUGACCGACGGCCGCGACGACGACCUCUACGCCCACUACGCCGCCGCCGCGCAGCAGACCGGCGUGUACACGGCCUCCGACUACCGAGGCAUCCUGGAGCACAUGAUACGGCAGUGGGGCGUGGAGGAGCUCGCGGCGGGGCUCUCCGGCGAGGGGCGGCGCGCGCGGGACUACGUGUGCGGGCUGCCGCAGAAGAUCCGGAGGAUGGAGGAGAAGGCCCACGACAGGGCGGCCCAGGCUCGAAAGAAGCCCACGCCUAUCCCGUUCAGCUGGAUCUUCGACAGGCCCGUCAGUGUCGUGCUGCCAUGAUUCAUUCCUCCUCCUCUUCUACAAAUAAAGUUCUGCAAAAGUUUAUUUACUCCAAAAGGGGUUGUCAAGCUAAGCUAUGCUGCUGUUUACUUUCAGCAUUUUAGCAUGUGAUAGGAGCCGUGUUCUUGAGUGUGUGAGUGUAGUGUGCAUGUGUGUUGUCAUUGUAAAACGGAAAGAAAAGUUGUGCUCCUACAUGUAUCAUGUAGUACUGCUGGUGAUAAUAAGGGAUCUCUUGAUGAGGAUAUACAUUAUAUGGUGAGCAAUAAUCGAAA